AUGCUCCAGUUUAUACGCCUCGAGCCGGAGCUCUCGAGCGCAAUUGAGAUUGUCAAACGCCCCGUCAAGUGCCACCUGUCAGCAUACUGGCCCAGUCGAAGGUCUCCCCCGAAGCUGUACUGGUAUAAAUAUCAUUAUUUUCAGCUCUUCCGACAUCAGACGCUCCACAGCCAAACAUCCAACAAGAUGAAAACCUUCUGCCUGACCCUCGCCUUGUGCGCCUGCCUGGCGGCCGCGGAUGUGUCCCACCUGCAGCCCAGCAGCAGCUACCUGCCUCCUGCUCGACCGGAGCACGCGGUGUCCAUGAGCAUCGAGCAGCAGGAGCUGCGUGAGCUGCCCGAGCAGGUGGAGUACAUGCGUCCGAACGAACAGGGACAGAUGGAGCCGAUGCCCAGCAGCCUGCUCACUCCCCCCGCUCCCGUGGAUCAGGAGGAGACCCUGCCCGCCACUCGCUACCUGCCACCUGCUCCAGUUGCAGCUCCAGCUCCCGCUCCCGAGGAAGCCGAACCGAUGAUGAUGCCCCAGAUGGAGAUGGUGGCUCCCGAGGAAGCUCCCGUCAUGGAGAAGCUCCAGCAGCAGCCGGAGCUGGCCAACCGCUAUCUGCCGCCCGCCCAGGUUCCCGAGCAGCAGCUGACCUACCAGCAGUACCAGGAGCAGAUGCAGAUGCAGCAGAUCCAGAUGCAGGAGCAGCAGCAGGAGCAGCAGGAGCAGCCGCAGGAGCAGCAGCCACAGCAGUUCCAGGAUCAGCCGGCGGAGGAGCAGCAGAUGCCCUACAUCCUGGAUGUCCAGCAGCCAAUGGCUCCCUCUGACUUGGAGACCCAGGAGCAACUGGAACCUGAGCCCGCCCACGAACUUCGUGCCGAUGGCUAUUACUACAAACAGGCCGAGGAGCAGCGUCGUCUGCGGCAUUAGGUCAUCCGAAUAUUGAGUCACCGCCUGACGUCAUCCAGUCAUCUGACCAUGCUUCAUCCGAUUGUUGUUAAAUGUUUAGCUUAGUUCUUAGA